GUUCGCCACCAACACUGUUUAUGGUAGGUUCGUCAGCAGUAGGACCAUCACCUGUAGGUCCGUCACCAGUAGGACCAUCACCUGUUGGUUCAUCACCAGUAGAACCAUCAGCUGUAGGUCUGUCACCAGUAAGAUCAUCACCUAUAGGUCCGUCCCUAGUAGGACCAUCACCUGUAGGUCUGUCACCAGUAGGACCAUCACCUGUAGGUCCGUCACCAGUAGGACCAUCACCUGUUGGUUCAUCACCAGUAGAACCAUCAGCUGUAGGUCUGUCACCAGUAAGAUCAUCACCUAUAGGUCCGUCCCUAGUAGGACCAUCACCUGUAGGUCUGUCACCAGUAGGACCAUCACCUGUAGGUCUGUCACCAGUCAAACCCUCACCUGUAGGUCCAUCACCAGUCAAACCCUCACCUGUAGGUCCAUCACCAGUCAAACCCUCACCUGUAGGUCUGUCACCAGUAGGACCAUCACCUGUAGGUCUGUCACCAGUCAAAUCCUCACCUGUAGGUCUGUCACCAGUAGGACCAUCAUCUGUAGGUCCGUCUCCAGUAGAACCAUCAUCUGCACGUCCGUCACCAGUCAAACCCUCACCUCUAGGUCCGUCACCAGUAGAACCAUCACCUGUAGGUCUGUCACCAUUAGGACCAUCACCUGUAGGUCCAUCACCAGUAGGACCCUCACAUGUAGGUCCGUCACCAUUAGGACCCUCACCUGUAGGUCUGUCACCAGAAGGACCAUCACCUGUAGGUCCGUCACCAGUCAAACCCUCACCAGUAGGUCUAUCACCAGAAGGACCAUCACCUGUAGGUCCGUCACCAGUCAAACCCUCACCAGUAGGUCUAUCACCAGAAGAACCAUCACCUGUAGGUCCGUCAUUAGCAGGACCCUCACCUGUAGGUCCGUCACCAGUAGAACCAUUAGCUGUAGGUCUGUCACCAGUAAGAGUAUUACCUGUGGGUCCGUCACCAGUAGGUCCAUCACCAGUAGGCCCCGGGUAGGCCCCUCACCUGUAGGUUCGUCACCAUCAGCAAAUCUUUCCUCUGUUUCACACAUCUUCUCUGACUGAACUCAGUGUCUUUCUCAUAAAAAUUAGACAAAAAGGAAAUCAAAUCAUUCAGUCAAAUAAACAUGUUGUUCUUCUG